UCGUAACUUUAUAGAAAAUAUUAAUCUUAUGAUUAAUUUAGAAGAUAGGAAUCGUGAUGUAUAAUGUCUACUCCAUGCACCUAAAUGUCAUUAAAACUUAGGCGAAGUGGCUAAUUAUUAUGAUCAAUGAGAUAUGUCUCGACAAUUUUUUCCCAUAACGGGUUAUGUACAUACGUACAUUCAUUGCAGAUUACUAAAUCGAGUUGAAUGUAAAUACAAUUGGUAUAUCUGAAUAAAAUCGAUAAGUAAAUAUCGAUCGUGAUUGAAGAAGUAUGAAACCAAAAAUUUUGAAAAAAUAAUUUAUAAUUUACAGUAAUGUUAUAUGUGAAAAGUAGUGAUAUUAAAUAAUUUUUCUUAAAGAUAGCAGUUCCAGUGAAUUAAUCUCGCAGUUAGAUCAAUGUUCCAAAGACAUCAAUACCGCCAAUAAACGUUGUCAAAAUGAUAUUAAUUUAUUAUUAAUAAUGUCAAUAUUAGUAAUAAGAUAAUGUACAAGAUUUUGUACAAUAUAUUAUCGUGAUAUUCUUUAUGUUAUAUUAAUUAUGUUGUACCAUGUAAUUUUAGGUUAGAACGAUUCAUGUAUGUAUAUGUUACAACAUUGUACAUACAUACCGUUCUUGUUCUUCGUGUGCUUUAAUUGUUUUGUUAAACAUUGAUGUCAAAUGACAACGUCUAAGGAGCAGUCACACACAUUAAAUACGAAAUCAAUUUUCGUCACAUCAUUAAUAGCUGGAGGAUUGGCUGGUACAUCUGUUGAUGUAGCAUUGUAUCCGUUAGAUACAUUGAAAACACGAUUACAAGCCAAACAUGGAUUCAAAAAAGCAGGAGGAUUUUCUGGUCUUUAUAAAGGAAUUCUUCCUGUAAUAAUUGGUUCAGCACCAACCGCAUCCUUAUUUUUUGUAACUUACGAGGCUAUUAAAAACAUAGCACAAUGUAAAGUUCCUGAAAAAUAUCAUAGCUUGGUACACAUGAGUGCAGCAUCUUUAUCAGAGAUGGUAGCAUGUGUGAUACGGGUACCCAUAGAAGUUGUGAAACAGAGAAAACAGGCUUUAGUAUUAAAUAAAGGUGAUUUAAAUCUCCGAUUAUUGUACCGUGGAUAUUGGAGUACAGUAUUCAGAGAUAUGCCUUUCAGCUUAAUACAAUUUCCAUUGUGGGAAUUCUUUAAAAAAGUAUAUAGCUCGGACAGAGGUAGAGAUAUUUUUCCAGUUGAGAGCGCUAUAUGUGGAGCAAUUGCAGGUGGUAUUUCUGCUGCCAUUACUACACCUCUGGAUGUUAUAAAAACAAGAAUAAUGCUUGCUCAUAAAAGUACAAAUUCUUCAGAUUUGAAAAUGUUGUACGUCCUACAAGAUGUUUAUAAAGAGAAAGGUCUAAAUGGGCUUUAUGCUGGUAUUGGCCCUCGAGUAAUGUGGAUUACUUUAGGAGGUUUUAUCUUUUUUGGUACUUACGAAGAAGUGAAAAGUUUCGUGACAAAAUAUAUAUCACAUCUUCAUAUAUUCUAUAGGGAAAGUACUAUUUAAAUAUAUUUAGUGAUAUACAUAAUUGUAUAAAAAAAUAUAUUAACAAAGAAAUUUAUACAAAUGAGUAACUAUGAAUAUAGAUUAACUUUUUCAGCAGUUACAAAAUAUAUUACAAUAUAUAAAAAUAUAUCAUACUUACUCCUAAUAAUCGUAUAAACGUCUUACGUAUAAUAUUUAAUUUUCACAAAUAUUGAAAACAAAUAUUAUAUAUUUUAUUUUUAAAGUUUAGA